GUUACUGUGAUUCGCUUUUGCUAUUUACUUGCAUCUUUCAAGGCAAUGUGGAUGCCUGUUUCGCUACUUAGCAGUUUCUGCGUCUCCCAAUGCAGAACCAAAUGGAAGAAGAAAGACCGACUGGAACCAGCAAUCUGGUCUUUGCUGUUAAUGGACACAGAUUUGAGCUCUCAAGCGUUGACCCUUCUAUGACUUUGCUUGAAUUCUUGCGUUCACACACCAGUUUCAAGAGUGUCAAGCUCAGUUGUGGUGAAGGUGGCUGUGGUGCUUGUAUUGUGCUGCUCUCAAAGUAUGAUCCAUUACGUGAACAUAUUGAGGAUUUUACGAUAAGUUCAUGUCUCACACUGCUCUGCAGUAUAAAUGGAUGUUCGAUUACAACAACUGAAGGCCUUGGUAAUAGCAAAGAUGGGUUCCACUCGAUUCACCAAAGGUUCACUGGAUUCCAUGCCUCUCAAUGUGGCUUUUGUACUCCUGGAAUGUGCAUUUCUCUCUUUGGGGCACUUGUUAAUGCUGAAAAGACUGAUCGACCGGACCCCUUUCUAGGAUUCUCCAAGCUAACAGUCAUUGAAGCUGAAAAAGCUAUUGCAGGAAACCUUUGUCGUUGUACUGGAUAUCGACCAAUUGCUGAUGCAUGCAAAAGUUUUGCUGCUGAUGUUGAUAUGGAGGAUUUGGGAUUUAACUCUUUCUGGAAGAAGAAAGAGAGUCAGGAAGUAAAGAUAAGUAGAUUACCUUUCUAUAACCGUAAUCAUGAGAUUUGUACUUUCCCCAAGUUUUUGAAAAGGGAAGUCAAAUCUUCGUUGCCUCUAGAAUCUAAAAGAUUCUCUUGGUACAAACCUGCUAGCAUUGAGGAGCUUCAGAGCUUAUUAGACACCAUUGACGCUAACAAUGGGGUCCAGAUGAAAAUAGUGGUUGGUAACACAGGCGUGGGUUACUAUAAGGAACUAGAACACUAUGACAAAUAUGUUGAUCUCACACAUAUUCCUGAGCUCUCAGUCAUUAGGAGGGAUCAGUCUGGGAUUGAAAUUGGGGCAAGUUUGACUAUUUCUAAAGUUAUUGAAGCUUUGAAAGAAGAGUGGAAAGGUGAAUUUCUCUCAGAAUGUAAGGUGGUGUUCAAAAAAAUUGCAGUUCAUAUGGAGAAAAUCGCUUCUGAAUUUAUUCGAAAUACAGGCAGUGUUGGGGGAAAUUUGGUGAUGGCACAAAGAAAACAUUUUCCUUCAGAUAUUGUUACCAUACUUCUGGCAGCUGGUUCAUUGGUUGAAAUAUUAACAGGUACCAUGCGUGAAAAGCUUACAUUGGAGGAGUUUUUGGUAGGGGCUCCCUUUGAUUCCAAAAGUGUACUCUUAAAUGUUAAAAUCCCAAAUUGUGAAUCAAUUAAGAAUAUAUCUCCUGAAAGAAAUAGCAAGUUGUUAUUUGAAACCUAUCGAGCUGCACCUCGGCCCCUAGGAAAUGCUUUACCCUAUUUGAAUGCUGCUUUCUUAGCUGAAGUUUCCUGCUCAAAAUCAUCUGCUGGAAUCAUGUUAAAUAGAUGUCAGUUGGCUUUUGGCGCUUUUGGCACCAAACAUGCAAUUAGAGCAUGGAAAGUUGAGGAAUUUCUGGCGGGAAAACUUUUAACAAUUGAUAUUCUGUAUGAUGCUAUUAAAUUAGUUAAAGCUAAUGUAAUGCCUGAAGAUGGGACUAGGAAUCCUACAUAUAGGUCAAGCUUGGCUGUUGGUUUUCUUUUUGCCUUUCUUAGCCCCUUAAUAAAUACCAUUUGUAAUGGUUCAGUGAAUAGAUCUAUUAACACUUUGAUGUUCAAUGACGGAAAGUCAAAACAGAAUUAUGACUGUCUAGACCAUGUUAAAUUCCCUACUUUGCUAUCAUCUGCAAGGCAAGUGAUCCAAAUAAACAAAGAAUAUCAUCCCGUUGGUGAGCCAGUUACAAAAUCGGGAGCUGCACUUCAAGCUUCUGGUGAAGCUGUUUACGUGGAUGACAUUCCCUCUCCAAGAGAUUGUCUACAUGGAGCAUUCAUUUAUAGCAAAAAGCCUUUUGCAAGGGUAAAGGGUAUUGAAUUCAAUUCUAAAUUGCUCCCAGCUGGACUCACUGCACUUAUUUCUUUCAAAGACAUUCCAAAUGGUGGGGAGAACAUAGGUGCUAAGACCAUUUUUGGUCCUGAACCUUUGUUUGCUGAUGAGUUCACUCGAUGUUCAGGAGAAAGACUUGCUCUUGUGGUUGCAGAUACACAGAAACAUGCAGAUGUAGCAUCAAGCAUUGCAGUGGUUGAUUAUGACUUGGAAAAUCUGGACCGUCCCAUUUUAACUGUAGAACAGGCUAUUAAGAGAUCCAGCCUUUUUGAGGUCCCUUCUUUUAUCUACCCCAAACAAAUUGGUGAUGUAUCAAAGGGAAUGGCUGAAGCUGAUCACAAGAUUAUCUCUGCUGAGAUAAAACUAGGAUCACAAUAUUAUUUUUAUAUGGAGAAUCAAACUGCCCUUGCUGUGCCUGAUGAAGAAAACUGCAUGGUGGUUUACAGUUCAACGCAAUGCCCUGAGUUUGCACAUGCUGUAAUUGCUGAAUGUCUUGGGGUUCCUGAACAUAAUGUGCGUGUAAUUACAAGGAGGGUUGGAGGAGCCUUUGGUGGAAAGGCCAUAAAAGCGAUGCCUGUUGCUACUGCAUGUGCACUUGCAGCAUACAAGUUACAGCGCCCUGUCAGGAUGUAUCUCAAUCGCAAGACUGAUAUGAUAAUGGCAGGAGGAAGGCAUCCCAUGAAAAUAACUUUCAGUGUAGGAUUCAAGUCUAGUGGGAAAAUUACAGCCUUAAAUCUUGAUAUACUGAUCAAUGCUGGCAUAUAUCUAGACAUAAGUCCAGUUAUGCCACAUAACAUAAUGGGAGCAUUGAAAAAAUAUGACUGGGGUGCUUUAUCUUUUGAUAUGAAGGUAUGCAAAACAAACCUUCUAAGUAGAUCAGCAAUGCGAGCCCCUGGAGAGGUGCAAGGUUCAUAUAUUGCAGAAGCCGUAAUUGAACAUGUGGCAUCUUCUCUUUCCAUGGAUGCAGAUUCAGUUAGAGCCAUAAAUCUCCACACCCAUGAUAGCCUUAACUCAUUCUAUGAUGUUAGUGCUGGAGAACCUCUUGAAUACACUUUACCUUCAUUAUGGGAUAAGUUAGCGACAUCUUCGAGCUUUAUCCAAAGGACUGAAAUGAUAAAAGAGUUUAAUAGGUGUAAUUUGUGGAGAAAAAGAGGUAUUUCUCGAGUACCUGCUGUACAUGAGGUGAUGUUGAGGCCAACUCCGGGCAAAGUAAGCAUUCUAAGUGAUGGGUCUGUUGUUGUUGAAGUUGGGGGAAUAGAGCUGGGCCAGGGGCUCUGGACAAAGGUAAAACAGAUGGCUGCAUUUGGUCUUGGUUCAAUCAAAUGUGUCGGAGUUGGAGACCUCUUGGACAAAGUGCGAGUCAUAGAAUCCAAUACCUUGAGUUUAAUUCAAGGGGGGUUUACUUCUGGGAGCACUACCUCUGAGUCAAGCUGUGAAGCAGUUAGAAUGUGCUGUAAAACCUUGGUUGACAGACUGACACCUCUAAAGGAAAGGUUGCAAGCGCAAAUAGGUUCUGUAAAAUGGGACAUGCUUAUUCGCCAGGCCUAUUUGGAAGCUGUGAACUUAUCAGCUAGUUCUUUCUUUGUUCCUGACCUUGCUUCAAUGAGAUACCUGAAUUAUGGUGCUGCAGUGAGUGAGGUGGAGGUAGACCUUCUGACAGGACAAACAACAAUUUUGAGAUCAGAUAUUAUAUAUGAUUGUGGACAAAGUCUCAACCCUGCUGUGGAUCUAGGACAGAUUGAAGGAGCUUUUGUCCAAGGAAUUGGGUUUUUCAUGCUUGAAGAAUACACAACAAACUCAGAUGGAUUAGUGGUUGAGGAAGGCACAUGGACAUACAAGAUCCCUACAAUAGACACCAUACCAAAACAGUUUAAUGUGGAAAUAGCUAACAGUGGACAUCACCAAAAUCGUGUUCUGUCGUCAAAAGCUUCUGGUGAGCCACCAUUGCUCUUAGCAGCCUCAGUUCACUGUGCCACAAGAGCUGCUAUUAGAGAUGCUAGACAACAGCUUUAUUCCUGGGGUUGCAUAGACAGUUCCCAUUCAACAUUCAACUUAGAGGUCCCUGCCAACAUGCCUGUUGUGAAGGAGCUCUGUGGGCUCGACAGUGUGGAAAGGUACUUACAGUGGAAAAUGAGCAGCAACUGAACGGUGAAUUCUUUGAUAGCGGAUAGAAAAUUGUUGUUUAUCAGAAUUGGUACGUUGGCUUUCUAUUGAAAUAAAAUUCCUUGUAAUAUUAGCAGUUGCAUUUUACACUAAAUUGUGUCACACUAGAAUAAAGAGGGUGGCUUUGGUGCAAUAGUAAAGUUACUUUGCUUGUGACUUAGAGGUCACGAGUGGUUGUGUAUAUAAACUCUUCUCAAAGCUCACAAGUGUAUAAUGCUUAAUGCACAUGGUCACACGUUGUUUGUCA